AUGAACUCCGCUGGGCUCAAGACGUACGGCGAGGGGCGCGCGGGGGCCGGCCCGCUGCCCUUCAGCGUCGAGUCGCUGCUGGAGGCGGAGCGCGGGCUGGACUCGGAGCCCCCGGAGCUCCGGGAGGAGAGGCCACGGGGCGCCGCGGAGCCCUGGGCCUGGUUCCCGCCGGCUGCCCGCUCGUCGUCCCCACGCGCCGCCAGCCCUCCACCCUGCACCCUCCGAAAACACAAGACCAACCGCAAGCCGCGGACGCCCUUCACCACCGCUCAGCUGCUGGUGCUGGAGCGCAAGUUCCGCCAGAAGCAGUACCUGUCCAUCGCAGAGCGCGCGGAGUUCUCCAGCAGCCUGGGCCUCACCGAGACGCAGGUCAAGAUCUGGUUCCAGAACCGCCGCGCCAAGGCGAAGAGGCUGCAGGAGUCUGAGCUGGAGAAGCUGGCGGCCAAGCCGCUGCUGCCUUCGUUUGCCUUGCCCUUCGCCCUGGGCGCGCCCCUGCCCGGGUACGCCGGCGCAGCGGGCUCCCUGCCUCAGGUGCCAGGACUCCUCGCCGCGCCCGUCGCUGCCUACCGCCUGUAUUACCUGUUCUAG